AUUCCAUGAAAGGAAGUAGUCGAAGUAGGACUGUGAUUCAUAACCUAAUUUUUUUACGUGAUGUUUACGAAGUUUCGAUGAAAACGAACAAAUUGUAAAUAAAUAUGGCAACCAAAAUAGUGAGAACUAAAAACAUAUCUAACCUAUUUAAUAACUCAAUUUCGGUGUACUUAUCUCAAAAGACUACGCUAACUAAUUUCGCUAAACACCAAAAGACUUUUGUAAAUAAUAGUUGUAAAUUUAGUUUAAGUUCAGUGGUAACCGGAACUGCUGGUCAUGCAGAAACAACGAGCACAACACAGGGUUUAAACAAACUACAAGCUCAAGAACUUAUUUUACGACUCAAUGGCGAGGAGAGGAAUGUUUUGAUGACGGCCCUUCACGAAUACCAGUCCAAAUUAGUUAAAGAUGAAUACGAAGCUGCUUCAAUUCCUAAACCGUCAACAAGAGACUUGAUUGACAUUGGCAUAGCAAACUCUAUACCUUUCAUUGGAUUUGGCUUUCUUGACAAUUUCUUCAUGUUAGUGUUCGGAGACUACAUCGAUCUCUACUUAGGCUCCUACUUCUGCUUUACGACGAUGGGAGCAGCAGCUCUUGGCAACACCCUAUCCGAUAUCAUGGGUAUCGGUUCGGCUUUCUACGUUGAACGACUAGCCAAUCGCAUCGGCUUCAAACCUCCCAAACUAUCACCCAUGCAGUUGGACAUGAAUUGCUGCAGGAAUUCGGCAAACGCUGGAAGAGUACUAGGAGUGACGUUGGGAUGUAUACUUGGUAUGUGCCCGUUAUUGUUCAAAUUGGGAAAAGAAGACUCAGACAAAAAGGAAGAAGUAGAAGACGGUUAAAGUACCCUAACGGUGCAGAGUUGAUAGGUUUAAUCAAAAUUGGUUGCUGGAAAUUUACUGUUAUGUUGGAAAUUUUCUAACGACCAGGGAAUCUCUUUCGCUCAUACAGCAGGUUUUUAUGAAGUGAAAAAUAUUUAGCAGGUUUUAAAUUUAUAAUAUUCAUACUUUUGUUUGCCUACGAUGUUUUAAUGCAAGUACGGAUCCUGAUAUUCCUGAUACUCAAGGUGUUGCUACCCAAAACUAAAGAUUUUUUUAUGGUUCUAAAAUUAUUAAAUAUAAAGUAUUUUUUAAAUAAAAUCUUCUUGUAUUUUAAAUACUUU